AUGUCGAUCUUUGAGACAGUGAAAAAGCAUAAGGCUGCCGUCGGCGUCUCGGCCGCGGUCAAUAUAGGCGCGUGUCUAUUCGGUUUCGACACAGGUGUUGCUGGCGGCGUUGUCGCUCUCGGCAGCUUCAAAAAAGACUUCAAUCUUCUGGCUUCUAAGUCUGUCUAUGCCAAUGCUUCCUCCAACGUCGUUACGUUGCUCAACGCAGGCGCCUUCUUCGGUGCCUUGGCUCCACCCUUGGCUAGCAAAUUCGUCGGCCGCAAAGUGCUGCUUGCCAUCGCUGGUGUCUUCUUUCUUCUCGGCGGUAUCUUGCAGACCGCAGCUCAAGGACCAUCGCUGGGUAUGAUCUAUGGCGGGCGGGUGGUCGCAGGUCUAGGAGUUGGCAUGAUCUCCAACGUGGCGCCAGUCUUCGUGGCCGAAUGCGCCCCUAAGGAGCUCCGUGGUCCUAUGAUGUCUCUUUUCGAGAUGUUCCUCGAAGCUAGCAACACUCUGGCCUACCUUCGUGGCGCACCAGCUAACUCUGCCGAAAUCGCGGAUGAGAUGGCGGAGAUUCGCGCACAGAUCCAGGAAGAAGUCGCUGCCACCCAGGGCCGGAGCAUCCGUGAAGUCUUCGAGCUACACAACUUCAUUCGACUGCUGUGGGCACUAGGAGUCGGUCUUUUUGCCAUGUGGUGUGGCCACAAUGCAAUUCUCUACUAUGGACCUACGGUCUUUGCUCAGAUUGGCUACGUCGGCCAGAAUGCCGCUCUCAUGGCUUCUGGUGUCUUUACCUGCAUCAAGUUUGCCUCUACAAUUCUAUUCAUCCUAGGCGGUGUGCAAUUUUUCAGCCGAAAGACUCUGAUGGCUGGUGGUGCAUUUUUCAUGGGCACGUUUCUGUUCGGACUGGGGGGUGUACUGGCCACGCAUCCCCCUACAGCACCUGGAAAUGGUGCUGGGUCGUCGUCUGCGCAAGGAAUGAUGGCACUCAUCUACCUGUUUGUCGUUGCCUACUCCGUAUCCUGGGGUCCCUUGCAGUGGGUGUACAUUGGAGAGAUCUUCCCCACGAGAAUCCGAGAUUACGGAAUGGCUAUUGGUGCAGCGAAUAUCUGGCUUUGGAACUUUGUCGUCUCCAAGAUCACGCCGACUACAGUCCUGAACAUUGGCUGGAAAACAUGGAUGAUAUUUGGCACCUUGAACAUCUGUGGCUGCAUCUUCGCCUUGCUGCUGCCAGAGACAAAGAAUCUUUCGCUUGAGGAAAUGGAUGUUCUAUUUGGUGUGGUAGAUGAGAACACGCGUAAGCAUGAUAUCGAAAUGAAUCUACAGAGCAAGCUCCAAACAGGACCUCCAAGCACGGCAGGACGGGAAAUAUGA